UACCUGCGCAGUGAUAGCAACAAUAAUGUGAGUAAAUGUCAAAUUACAAAAAAAUCAAUUCUUUAUUAAUAAUUUGAUAUAUCACGAUAAAUUAACUUGACUUAAACAUUAUUUUAAUAUUAUUUUUUCAUCAUAUUUUUUUGUUAUUUUAAUUAUUUAUGCAUUAUUUGUCAGAUGAUUGUUGUUAAUUAAUACAACACUUUGCACACUUACUAAAUUUUGCAUAUACAUACAACAAAUCAAGAUCAAUGUGUAUGUGUGAGUUUGAUGAAAAUUUCAAUAUGGUUGCUUUUGCUAAAAUCAUGAAAAAUCAUAGGUGCGGUUUUUCAAUUUAAUUAUUAUUUAUUAAUAUCAAUUAAUAAAUUAAUAAAGUGUAUUAUUAUAUUUACUAUAUUUAUCAAUUAAUCUGAGACUAUUAAUAAAUACUGAUAUAAAACAACAAUGUAAAUUUGACAAUACAGUGUGUUUAUUUGUCAUUUAUAGUGCAGCAUUAUUUUUUAUCUUCGAGUGUUUAUAAUUUAUUUAUUUAUUUAUUUGAGUUUACACUUUUCAUUACGAGUGUAGCAACAUAUUGUGUAUUGUUUGAUAAACCAAGUGAAUUUUUUUUUUGGGAGCAUCAUGGAGAAGAUGAAGGAGCAGGGCUGGUACCUGACAGAGCAGGGAUUUGAUUUGAUCAGUGAUUCUGGUGCAAUAACUGAUGUACAAAAGCUGAUAAAACGAGCAUUAGAUAUGGACUUGAGAGAAAUUGGAAGUGGUCAAGGUGAUAUUAACAAAGGAAACUUGGUACUUCAAAUACAAAAAUUACGAAAUGUUGCAGCACCAAAAAAUAAUCAAGAAUCAAAAUCAACACCAAGAAUGCUUAAAUAUUAUUUAACUGAUGGUAAAAAUAAUUAUCAAGCAAUUGAACUUGAACAUAUAUCAUUAAUAAAUAUAAAUACACUACCAGGAACAAAAAUAUUAUUAAAAUUUACAAAUAUAUUACAAUCACAUGGUAUUUAUUUAUUAAAACCAUCAAAUAUAUUAAAUAUACUUGGUGGUAAAGUUAUUAAUUUAAUUGAAAAAUGGGAAUUAAAUAAAAAAUUAGCAUUUCAUUCAAGAGUAAGAUCAGCUGAAGAAGGUGGUCCACCACCAUGGAUACCAUUUGGUAAAAAAAUUAUAAAAAUAACUGAACAAGAUAAAAAUUUUAAAUCAAUGAAUGAUAAAGAUAUUAUAAAUAAAGAUAAUACUGAAUUUGAAGCACAAAGACAAGAUGCUAUUGCUGAAGCUGCUAAACAAGGUAGUAAAAAAAUAUUUGGUGGUGGUAAUAAACAAUUACUUGAUCAUUCUGUACAAAAAAUUGUUGAUCAUGGUUUUAAUAUUGAUCAAGCUGAAUAUGCAUUAAAAAUUAAUCGUAAUAAUGUUGAUCGUGCAUUAAAAUUAUUACAAAAAAAUGAUAAUAGAGUUAGUGGUAAUAAUAAUACACGUGAAUCAAGAGAAACAAAAGAACCACGAGGUAAAAGAUUUGAAAAAAAAAAUGAUGAUACAAAACCAAGUAUUGGAAAAGUAUCAUUAUUUGAUUUUCUUGAAAAUAAAUUACCAGCUCAAUUAGAAGCUAUGGAAAUGACAUCAAAUACAAAUUAUAGUAGUGAUAAUUUUGGUAAUUCAAGACUUGAUAAUAAUAAUUAUCAUGAAAGACAACAUGAAGAUAGAGGCUUUGAUAAUCAACAAGGAAAAGGUAGACGUGGUGGUAAUAGAGGUGGAAGAGGUGCAUAUCAAGCACCACCAAGACAUUCAGAUGAUUCAAAAUUUUCAAAACCAAAAACAAAUAAUGAAAAUUUUAAUGGUAAUCAGUAUGGAUCAACAAAUACAUACCAAGGUAAACCACCAAGAUUUCAAAGAAAUCCUCAACAAUCACAUUAUCAACAAGAACAAAGUAAUAGAGGUGGAAAAUUAUUUCAAACAAAUGAUCGUCAUAAUAAUGAUUCAUCAAGUGGUUAUACUAAAAAUUCUUCAAAAAAUCAAUACAAUGAUAAUAACAAUCGUCAUCAAAAUCAAAAUGAAUCAUUUGAUUCAUUUAAUAAACAAAAUGAUUUUAAAAAUAAUUCAAAAUCACACAAUAGAUCUAGCUUUGAAGUAGGCCCAAGAACAUUUAAUCCAUCAAUUGAAAAAAAUUCAAAACAACCUCAGACAAAUAAAUAUCAAGGAAACAAUGAUGAUAAUAAUUUAAAAUCAAAUAAUAGAUCUAAUUUUCAAGUAGGCCCAAAAACAUUUAAUCCAGCAUCAUCAUCAUCAUCGACAGAUAAAAAUUCAAAACAAAUUCAGACAAAUAAAUAUCAAGGCAACAAAGACGUUAAUAAUGCAAGUCGUGUAUUUACUGGACCAAGUCAAAGAAAUAAUCAUGUUGAAAAAAAUAAAAUCGAGUCAAAUAGUGCUGCUGCUAGUGGAGGUGGUGGUGGAGAUUGUAAUUGGUCAUGGAAAAAAGGUGAUAAAUGUAUGGCUAAAUAUUGGGAAGAUAAUCGUUAUUACAAUGCUGAAGUAUCAGCUGUUUCAUCAAAAACUUGUGUUGUACAAUUUAAAGAGUUUGGUAAUUAUGAAGAAGUCUUACAAAUUGAUUGUAUGCCAAUAACUGAAGACUUUUCUCAUACAUUUAUUAAUGAAAACAAGAGACAAGAACAUCGUGGUGGUAGUGGUGGUGGUGGUUCAAGUGGAAAUAAUCGAGCUCCAAGACAUGAGGAAAAUUAUUCUGGUGCUGGAAUGGAAUUUCGUAGAAGUGGUGGUAAUAUUCAUAAAAAAAAAAGUCAACAACGAAGAGCCCAGGCAAUUUAUCAACCACCAGCACAACGUGGACAUGCAUCAAACGCUCGUGAAAAUUUAUAAACUAUUUAUUUUUUUUUUUUCAAUUCUUUUUUUUAAUUUAAAAAAUUAAAAAAUUCAUAGAAAUGCUCAUUCAGUUUUAAAAAUUACUUGCAAAAAAAAAAUUUAAGUAAUAAAAACUGAUACUAUUAUUAAUAUAAAACAAUCAAUAGUUGUAAUGAGUUGUAAACAUUUUUUUUUUUUUUUAUAAUCAAUCUUCAUAGUUCUUUUUUGCUUACUAACUCAUUAAACAUUGUUGAAAAAAAAAAUAACUUUAUUAUGCUUUGUUCAUUAAUAAAAUAAUGAAGUUGUUGAAGCGACUGAGAUAAUUAGUUAAAUAUUCCAAAUAUAAUUUGAAAUAUAACUUGUUUUUUUUUUUUUCUUUGUAAUGUAAUAAUCAAAAUAUUUGAAAAAAAAAGUUACUUAAAAAAUCAUGUAUGUAUAUGAUGUUAAUUAUCAACUGUAUUUGUUGUUGAUGAAAUUAAUAAAAUAUAACUCAAUAAAUUUUCAAAUAGAGAAAAUGGGAA